AUGUACGCAAAAAGACGUGAUUUCGCGAUAAAGAAAGACGAAGGGCAAGCCCUUAGUCGCCGUGACAUACAAUAUGAUUUCCUUCAUAGCAUCUUCUUCGACGCCCAGCGCGUCUUCAUCAACCCGUUUGCGACCUCGGAGUCGGACGCCAAGGUCACAUUCCGGGACCUCUAUGUUCAGGCUUUGGUCCAAUCUCCUAGGUGUUCGAGAGCAUUGAAGGAUAAACUGCAGGAAAAGCCGGAGUUUGGCACGGAUUUCGCAAUGAUAUCGUUGCUCGCGAAUGUUGGAAGGGUGAAUACGACUAUGACAUUCCUACCGGAGAUGAAGACAUCUUUGAGGACGUAUCAUCCUGUUCCUGCACUUCAGAGGUACGAUGAGAAUCUGCAGGAUGCGCCUCGCAUCAAGAACCUUUUGAAGGCCUGUGCCCUGAAGACAGAGACGGGCAGGAUGCCGGUUACUCAAGCUGACCUGCUUGCACUCGCGGCGAAGGGCACGAUCCCGACCUCGAGCAUUGUCAACGUUCUCUUCGUCCUUUCCAACAACUUCACCAGCGUUGCACACGAUCAUUUUGGUCGCCUAGACAUCGACCUACUCGACUUCUUCCUCCCAAUCCACGUUUCCUCCGUCUCGCGCGCUCAAGCCUUCCUGUGGCUCGUCUAUCGCUAUCAUCAAGGGCCUCCCACUUCCGACCCUGCUGACCCUAAUACGAACCCAUUCGACGACGACCACUCAAGGCAACAUCCUGGCAUGGUCCCGAAGCUCGUGACAUUGAAUGACGCGGAAUUCGAGGCGGAGAACGUGGACACACCCGAAGAGAAUGAGUACGGCGCGAGGAUGAACAAGUUCAGGUUGAACUUCAUAGCGAAGAAUGCAGAGGGUGGAUCUGGGAAGAGUUCUGCUGGUGCUGCUGGUGGAAGUGCUAGGGCGAGCAUCAGUGGCUUAGCGGCGGUGGCGAGUGGCGAGGUUGUUGAUAUUGAUGGGCCGGCGGAGGCGGGAGAACAAACAAAGGAGAAGGAACCGGCGUCGGGGCCUGAAAAGGGGAAGAAAGGGCUCGGAAAGGGGAGGAAGCCGGACUGGUACUAUGAGAACGCGAAUGCAGCCGCUGGACCGAGUGGCUCAACCAGUUCACCUCUUGCUCUUGGCCCCAAUGCGGUGCCCAAAGGGAGGGGUAGGGGAAAAGGGAAGGGGAAGACGAAAGAGGUUUCCGCUUCCUCUGUUCCUGGCGACACUUCGAAGACAAGGAAGAGGGGAAGGGAAGCAUUCACGCCGAUGAGUGAAGCGAUGCCUGUAGACUCCCUAUCUCGCAACACGACUAUGAGCAACUUCGACCCGCCAGCAGCAUUUGACCGGGACUCUCAGAGACGUCGCCUCACGUCCUGGCAGCGCACCACCGAGGCGGAAAUUCCUCCUCGCAUGAGCCUUGUCUCUGGGCAGAACCCUUCCCAUCUUCAUUCAUACUCUCAAACGCAUCAACAGUAUCAACACGUCCAGACCAGGAGCCCUCGUCAUGCCUAUGCGAGGUCAGGCUACUCCACGCCGCGCUAUCGAGCCUCGGAGCCCAAUCUGCGUUACACGCUCUCGCAUGAUCGUGAUGGGCCACAAAGGACGUCGAUUGAGCAUGCAUUGCAUGCUAUUGAGCACAUCGAUCCUCUCGCCGACUCUGAUGAUGAGGGUAUAGACCAUCAGUCGCGUGCUGAGUACAUCACACGCCUCGGAGUCCUUCAGCAUCUCCAGUCACAGCUUGCGCCAGGUCCUGCUCUUACCCCACCCGAAGUCGGCAUCCGCAACGGCUCUCGCCACGGCCCCUAUUAAUCAACCCAAAGCAUCUCUCUCUCCCUCAAGCUUCAAAACAAAUGCAUAGCCCCCGAAAUCCUUACCCUAUAUAAUGUAUAAUCGAAUCGAAAAGCAAAAUCGUCAAAAGCUCUUGUUGUUGCCAGUCUAAGUUAUUCGUUGUUUAUAUUGUUUAUACAUCCGUAUAUUUGUUUUCGACCCUUGCUUUGUCCAGUUUCGUUCUCGCACGAGUUAUCUUUGCAUUUUAAUUGUGGACGUUGGGGCUGGCGUUGAUAUUGAAAGGACCGGCAUAAUAUGGAGUUGGAGUUGCAUCUUGGAUCGGGUCGAGCGUUGGUUCGUUUCCGUUUCGCCGAUGAGUUCAUUGGCAUAUGGACAGCCGCUCGUAUCGCAUUUCAUCGUAUUAUAUCGUCUUUUAUUCUGAGUAGUCUAUUAAACCUCGCGUUUCUCAUAAUGAUAGACUGUUGUUCC